AUGAGCUUUCCCUUCAGUCCAAAGCGUCUGCCGGGACCUGACCUCUCCUGUCUGCAGCAGUACAGUAACUGGCUGGCCUGUCGCCAUGAGGCAUCCCUUCUGCCCAUGAAGGAGGACCUGGCUCUCUGGCUCAACAGGAUUCUUGGCAUUGAGAUAACAGCAGAGAACUUUAUGGACAGGCUGGACAAUGGAGUAGUGCUCUGUCAGCUUGCUGAGGAGCUGCAGGAGAAGAUGAUUGUGGCAAACAAUGGCAAGCCUUUUGUCCGCAGGGUGAUUCACUGGCGGGCUGAUGCCAGCUCUGGAUCGUUCUUUGCCCGGGAUAACACUGCCAACUUCCUGUACUGGUGUCGUAAAUUGGGAGUGGACGAAUCCCAGCUCUUUGAGUCUGAGGACCUGGUUCUCCAGAGGCAGCCACGAGAGGUGUGCCUCUGUCUAAUGCAGCUCGGAAGGAUUGCAGCAAGGUAUGGAGUGGAGCCUCCAGGAUUGGUCAAGCUGGAGAAAGAGAUAGAGAAAGAGGAAGGAGAAUCUUUGUCCCCAGCCAUGUUUUUUGGCUCACCCUUACCUUCCCCCUCAACCCAAAGCAAAUCCUCAUCCAGGAGGACCACAGUCAAUUUACUGGAUGACAUUGUCAGGCAAAUUGCAGAAAAUCCUCCUUGCAGAUGUUCUGUUAAAUUUUGCAUUGAGAAACAGCCUAAAGGCCGCUAUCGCGUGGGAGACAAAGUUCUUUAUGUCCGGAUGCUGAAUGAUAAGCAUGUAAUGGUCAGAGUUGGAGGAGGCUGGGAGACAUUCGAGACGUAUCUGCUGAAGCAUGAUCCGUGCCGGAUGGCUCUGAUCGCACGUCCAAGCGUCAAAACCUGCAAGGCCAAUGGCAAGUCCCCAAAUAUGAAAGAGUUGUCCCGAGACAGUUAUUUGGUGGUGGGCACUCACUCUCGCCCAAAGAAGUAA